AUGAGGCCUGAGAUUGUGCUGUUCGGAGACUCAAUUACAGAGCAAUCCUUCAGAUCAGGUGGCUGGGGUGCCGCUCUAGCUGAUACUUACUCUCGCAAGGCUGAUGUAAAAGUUCGUGGGUAUGGUGGGUACAACACCCGAUGGGCAUUGUUCUUGAUGCAGCACCUCUUCCCUCUGGAUUCUAAAAAGCCUCCUGCUGCUGCCACAAUUUUCUUUGGGGCCAAUGAUGCUGCUAUUUUGGGGAGAACAAGUGAACGACAACAUGUUCCUGUUGAAGAGUACAAGGAGAAUCUCAAAAAAAUUGUUCUUCAUAUGAAGGAGUGUUCUCCUACCAUUUUGAUUGUGCUUAUUACUCCACCACCUGUUGAUGAGGAUGGGCGUAAUGAAUAUGCCCGAUCUUUAUAUGGUGAGGAUGCUAGGGAAGAGCCGGAGAGGAUGAAUGAAGUGACAGGAGUUUAUGCAAAGAAGUGCAUUGAGCUAGCUGAGGAAAUAGGUCUCCACUCCAUCAAUCUUUGGUCCAAGUUGCAGGAAACGGAGGGUUGGCAGAAGAAAUUUCUGAGUGACGGGUUGCACCUAACACCAGAAGGCAAUGCUGUAGUCCACCAAGAAGUUGUAAGAGUUUUCGGGGAAGCAUGGUUUUCUGCUGAAGAAAUGCCUCAUGAUUUCCCUCACCACUCAGACAUUGAUGAGAAGAACCCUGAGAAAGCUUUCCAGCAACGAUGUGCAUAA